CGCGUGACCGAGUGCGGUUAUAAAAAAUCGAUCGGAUGUUGCGGCUUAAUCUUCCGUAAGGUCAUUACGAGCGUUGUCGGCCAGGAGUAACCUUGUAUCUUCGAACAGGCUUCCGAAAUCGUGCUCGAACAAUGGAGCGAAAUCGAUGUUCUCGGAAGAAAACGUACAAAUUUUAUUUUCACGUGCGUUUCGGAGCGAGCGAUCGAGGAAGGUAUUUUGAAUUAACUGUUGAAGUUAAAUCGAGAGAAGCUAAAGGUCGAGAAGAUGAAGCGGAGAUCAAUUUUCAGUACACAAGAAUUCUGGAGAGUAAUUGUUCAAAAUUUGAUCAGUUGAAUGUACAGAUCGUUGAUCAAAUUUUUACGGUUUUGCAACAGAGAGAAAGGAAAAGCAACAGGCAUGCGAGAGAGAUUACCCGCUUCGUGACAUUUGAUCCAGCGUCUCGACGCUUUCCAUGCCACUGAUACUUCAUGACACGGAUACCUUUGCCAAUUUCCAAAGUUGAUUGAACUCGUAGCGAUUGAUUCUCAUAAUCUCACGAUUUCUUUCAAAAACUGCUCUCGCUUAUUGCGCUCCAUUCAUAUAUCGCAAACUUCAUUUCCUACGCUUGCGAACGCGUUAACUAUUUGUCCAAACUGUAGCCAUUUAAAUAGCAGGUGGCUAGAAGAAUGCGUUUGUCAAAUACCAACGUGUUCCUCUUUCUACCUGUAGCAAUCAUUAUCUCGCUCUUUUAUCUUGCCACUUGCGGAUAAACUGGAUAAGCACUAUUAUUAACCUGUGCCUAAUAACUCGUAUAACGUGUUUUCAAACGCCUCUAACUUUUAAAUAAAUCGCAAGUAUCAAACUUAUGGUGCUUUUCAAGUUUCCAUUAGAGAGAACAUACCUUUCUGAAAUGAACUUCAAAAAAAAAAUGCACACGCGAAAACAUUACUAGUAAAAGCGCGUAGAACUGACCAGACACAAAAUUGCUUCUGGCCUUGGUCAAAAAGUUGCUUGGCACAAGACACUGGAGGCUAUUUGUUUCUCUUGCAUCGAGGUAUCAUCGUUCUUAAAAGUUGGAGGUCAAACUUGCGUCAUCGCGAAAAAAAUAAUCAGUACGAAAUUGUUUCUUGUUCGCGAUACUGCUGUUUGGAAAUUCUGAUAUCGUGUGGCGCACAAUUUAGAGAUCCAAAAUCACGACUCGAAGACGAUUGUUGAAACCGGGUGAAAAUAGAACGUUCUUGGUAAAAGUUGGCACUUUGCCAAAGGUACUUUACUCCUGAUCGAUUCGAUACCUUAUCGCUUCUUUGCUUAGUAGAUUAAUUUUGUUGACAAAUAUAAUUGCUGGUUUCUGUGACGCAAGUGGCAUAAGUCCGGUUAUAUAUGCACUAAAGGGUUAAUAAUUACUCGCUGAUUUAAUAAGAGGUAUUAGCGUUAAUUGUAGCGGUCUAGGAGUUUCUUAUUAGAUUCGUUACGAAGAAAACUUCCAAGUAUAUCGUUGAGCAAGAAAGAAAGCAGGGUGCGUCACCGAGUAAAAUAAAUAAACCGUGACAUCGAGAAAAUGAGAGCGGAGCGAGUACGCUAGAUACUCUCAGUUUACUUGAUCAACUGGAGAAAAGUAUCGCUGCUUGCUUCAGUCGUGUUUUCUGAACGAAUUGUUUACUUGUAACGAACAACCAUGCCCUUAGUCCUUUGUCUCGCAACCUUUUUCUCCAAUUUAUUUGUAGCGAAAGUUUAGAGUCUGAUUUAAUAAUACCAUGCUUCUACGAUCGAUGGUCGUCGAAAGGGUGCGUGUCUCUUCUGCCAAGAGUACUUCAUGGAUUUAUACCUUCUGGCCGAAUUGAAGACCAUCUCGCUGAAGGUAACCACGGUGGACAUGCAGAAACCGCCUCCAGAUUUUCGUACAAAUUUCCAAGCAACGCCUCCACCGAUUUUAAUCGACAACGGCGAUGCGAUAUUGGAGAACGAGAAAAUUGAACGGCACAUCAUGAAGAACAUUCCUGGCGGGCACAAUCUCUUCGUGCAGGACAAAGAAGUGGCUACCCUCGUUGAAAACUUGUUUAGCAAAUUGAAACUUUUGUUGCUGAACGCGAAAGACAAGGAUAAGGACCCGAAGUCUUCAUCCCUGAUGGCACAUCUGCGUAAAAUUGACGAACAUUUAGGUCGUAAGGGUACACGUUUCCUCACAGGUGACACGAUGUGUUGUUUCGACUGCGAGCUCAUGCCACGACUGCAGCACAUCAGGGUUGCUGGCAAAUAUUUCGCAGAUUUUGAAAUUCCGGAAACUCUGGUGCAUCUGUGGCGAUAUAUGCACCAUAUGUACAGGCUGGAUGCCUUUUUGCAAAGUUGCCCCGCUGACCAGGAUAUCAUCAAUCACUACAAGUUACAACAGAGCAUGAAGAUGAAGAAACACGAAGAAUUAGAAACUCCAACGUUCACGACCAGUAUCCCAAUCGAGGUCAACGACGACUAGGCUGGACCUGUGCCGUCGGGUCUACGAUCUCGUUACUUUGAUUCAGAAAGAUCGUCGAUAUAUCGGUGUAAACGCGACGGCGCAACAAACCUUCUUAACGAAGUCCCAACACUUCCAACGGACGCUUCUGUUUAAGAAGAAUUAAUUAUUUAUAUAAAAGUAUUCGAGGGUGAAAGCACCCUAUUAAAAUUUUCAUCGAUGCCACUACACCGAUUUAUACAAUAUUUUCGCUACAUGUAUUUCAUAGAUAAUCGUCGAUGCACUCUUUUAUGGCCUAAACUGAUGCAGAACGAGUAGCUUUUUUACCGCAGGCGACAGGAAGAUAAACAUAUAUAAGUGUACUAAGGCUUCAAGGAAACGAUAUGCGUUGUAUGCGUGUCCAGAAAACUAUAUGGAUCCUUUCCUUUCUUUCCAUGUUUUUUUUUCUUUUUUUUUCUCUUGUUACGUAUGCAUUUCAUACGUACUCUUCAUUCGAAUAGCAUUAUUAUUAGGAGAAAGCAUUUUAAUCUUUUACAUAUACAUUAGGUCAGGACCUUGUGUGUUUUUAAGAAACAGUACGUAUUUCGGUAACGAAGCGGCAAAUGCAAAAGGGACGUAUGCAUUUGAAUUGCGAGUAUAUGAAAAUAUCUUUUGUUCUUUUCUUUUUUAUUCUGGAAAAUCAUAAUGUAUUUGUCUUACAUCCGAAUGAUAUUCAAUAAAGUAACUUAACGAUGGUUAUAA